AUUUAUAUAAAAAAAAAAAAAAAAACACACACACACACCACACGUAUUGUUUUUUUUGUUUUUUUUUUAAAUACCGUUUGCAUAUAUUAUCUGAUUUUAAGCAACCUUUGUUGCUGCAAAAUAUGCACGCCUCUAAGUGAACUGGGAGAAAGCGCAGGAGUCUGAGUUUCGAAGGGGGAUCCGAAAGGAUAAAAAAAGGGGGGUACUGUGGCUUUUUGGGGUUUUUUUUUUAUAUAUAUUUUUUUAAUUAGAAUAAAAAUGCGUUGAUGUAUUGAAGGAAGCGUGCCGGCGCUGGAGAAGAGCCGAUCGGGUCUGUGCAAUCCCAAAUUCAAGAGCCGGGAGGCAGAGAAAGCGAAAAGGGGGAUCAGCCGCUCCAGAGUCCGCUAGCCGAGCGCCGGCUGAAGGGAAGUGAGACCUCUGCAGGCCUCCCUCCCAGCACUCUCAUGAUUGAAGCUUGGAAAAAUGGAACGUAACAGAGGGGAGAAGACAGACCAUUCCCUACUAGCGACCGGGCUGCAUGCAGAAUAACAAGCGGUAGGAUUCUAAAAAAAAAAAAAACAAAACCACCAACCACAUGAAGAAGAGUUUGUUUUUCAAAGGAAGAAGGAAUACAAUCUCUUUAUACCUGCGCGACUGUGUUCAGUGACUUCCUUUCUCAAGUCAAAAUGUUUUACUUCCUCGUUCCAGAGUGGUUGACCCAGUGCGGGGUCCCAGCGUUCUCCCCUAAAAGGAGGGGGGACACUCGUGUCCUGUGGCUCUUAGGCUUGGCUCUGUCGCUAGCCCUGACCUCGUGCCAAAAAUCCGAUGGAGCCAGCAGCAAAUAUCCACUGGUGACCACCAACUACGGCAAACUCCGUGGAGUGAAGAAAGAUCUCAACAAUGAGAUCCUGGGACCCGUGGAGCAGUAUUUGGGGGUACCCUACGCCACCCCCCCAGUCGGAGAGCGGAGGUUUCAGCCCCCGGAAGCCCCAGGCUCCUGGUCUGAAGUCCGGAACGCCACUCAGUUCGCACCAGUUUGCCCGCAGAAUAUUCAUGGCGUGCUGCCGGAAAUCAUGCUCCCGGUGUGGUUUACAGACAACCUGGAAAUCGUGGCAGGAUACGUGCAGAACCAGAGCGAGGACUGUCUCUACCUUAAUGUUUACGUGCCAACUGAAGACGGUCCGCUCACAAAAAAACACGACGAAUCCACGAUCAACAGCCCGCGCGAAGAAGAUAUCCGCGACCAUCGGAAGAAGCCUGUGAUGCUUUUCAUUCAUGGUGGUUCGUACAUGGAGGGCACCGGGAACAUGUUUGAUGCCAGCGUGUUGGCGGCGUACGGCAAUGUGAUUGUGGUGACAAUGAACUACCGUCUGGGCGUGCUGGGAUUCCUGAGCACAGGGGAUCAGUCAGCCAAAGGGAACUAUGGGCUGCUGGAUCAGAUCCAAGCGCUGCGCUGGCUCAACGAGAACAUCGGACACUUUGGAGGAGAUUCGGAGAGGAUAACCAUCUUCGGGUCGGGCGCGGGGGCUUCAUGUGUCAACCUGCUCAUUCUGUCCCACCACUCCGAAGGGCUGUUCCAGCGUGCAGUGGCUCAGAGUGGUUCUGCGAUCUCUAGCUGGUCAGUGAAUUACCAGCCCCUGAAGUUCACACGGAUCCUGUCCCGCAAGGUGGGCUGCAGCCUGGGGGAGACGGGAGAGGUGGUGGAGUGCCUGCGCAGGAAGUCCUUCAGAGAGCUGGUGGACCAGGACAUCCAGCCGGCCCGCUAUCACAUCGCGUUUGGACCUGUCGUCGACGGAGAUGUGGUGCCAGACGACCCGGAGAUCCUCAUGCGGCAGGGGGAGUUUCUGAACUAUGACAUCCUGAUCGGAGUGAAUCAGGGAGAGGGGUUGAAGUUUGUCGACGAUGGCGGGACGGAGAGCGAUGACGGGAUUUCGGCAGCUGCUUUCGAUUACACCAUUUCCAACUUUGUGGACAACCUGUACGGGUACCCUGAGGGCAAAGACAUCCUUCGCGAGACCAUCAAGUUCAUGUACACGGACUGGGCCGACCGCGACAACGGCGAGAUGAGGCGCAAGACGCUGCUCGCGCUGUUCACGGACCACCAGUGGGUGGCGCCGGCGAUUGCCACAGCGAAGCUGCACGCGGAAUUCCAGUCACCGGUGUACUUCUACACCUUCUACCACCACUGCCAGACGGAGGCGCGGCCAGAGUGGGCGGACGCCGCUCACGGAGACGAGAUCCCCUAUGUGUUUGGAAUCCCCAUGAUCGGAGCCACGGACCUGUUCCCCUGCAACUUCUCCAAGAACGACGUCAUGCUGAGCGCCGUGGUGAUGACCUACUGGACCAACUUCGCCAAGACCGGCGACCCCAAUCUCCCUGUCCCUCAAGACACCAAGUUCAUUCACACCAAACCGAACCGCUUUGAAGAGGUCAUCUGGACCAAGUUCAACUCGAAAGACAAGCAGUACCUUCACAUCGGCCUCAAACCCAGAGUGAGGGACAACUACCGUGCAAACAAGGUGGCCUUCUGGCUUGAGCUGGUGCCGCAUCUCCACAACCUUCAUGACGACAGCUACACCUCCACCACCACGACCCGCCUGCCCCCUGGCACCCCCCGGACUCCCUGGAAGGGGCAUCGCCCGGCCACCACCAAACACCCCUACGCUACCCUGCCACCAGACGAUGACGACAUUCCUGAGAGACCCAGAUUUCCCCCUUUCCCGGGAGACACCCGGGACUACUCCACCGAGCUCAGUGUCACGGUUGCAAUUGGCGCGUCCCUCCUCUUCCUCAACAUCCUGGCCUUCGCAGCGCUCUACUACAAGCGCGACAAACGCCACGAGCUAAGGAGGCGUCUCAGUCCUCAAAGGAACCCGGCCAAUGAUCUGGCGCACAGUCAAGAAGAGGAGAUCAUGUCGCUGCAGAUCAAGCAUUCGGAUCACGAGUCCCAUGACAUGGAGCCUCUGAGACCUCAUGAGAUACUGCGCCCUGCCUGCCCUCCUGAUUAUACCUUAGCUCUGCGUCGUGCUCCUGAUGAUGUCCCCUUAAUGACGCCAAAUACGAUUACCAUGAUCCCCAGCACUAUAACGGGCAUGCAGCCUCUGCAUGCUUUCAACACCUACCCCAGCACAGGGCACAAUAACACUUUGCCACAUCCCCACUCCACAACCAGGGUAUAGCCACAUGCUUUCUGCAGGACUAAACUUUUUUCCCUUUCUUUUUUUCUUUUUCUGUGCUGUUUGGAGAUACUACGGAGUAGUCUGUUGUUUUGAAAACCCGUCAUGGAUGGUUUCUUUUUUUUCUUUCUUUCUUUCUUGUUUUCCUUUGUUUCUGGAUGUCGAGCGGACCCCGGUAUGUGCAUGUUUGCCAAAAUAAGAUUUCAAAAAAAAGGAAAAAAUUACUUGACUUGAAAUCUCCUUCCUUCUUUAUUUCAACCCUCUGCCUCUAUCUCCCUCCCUCUUUUUUCUCUUUCUCCCCAUUUCAGUUCUCCUUCCCCCUGCUUUUUUCAUCCUAUCUUCUCAGCAUAUCUGGACUCUUUCUCCCUUCUCCUCUUCCUCCCCUCUCUCUCUCUUCCCCCUUUCUCACCUCCCCUCUCUCCUCCCUCUUUCUUCACCAUUUGAAGAAAUCCAAGAGUUGGAAUUCUUGAAGGUUUGGGAUUUGGGGAAAAUUCUAACCUUUAAUUCUACCAGCAUUCUUUGUGCCAAGAAUUUUGAAUCCAGACUCCAUUUUUUGGGGGAGACAAAACAAUGAAAAAUAAAAUAGAACGCUAUAUAAAAUUUAUAUGAAGUGCCAAACGACUUCUCCUAAAAUAAAAUAUGAAAGAAAUGGUUUGCUCUGCGGAAUCUAUGCAUGGAAAUUCUUAAAAGAGACAAAACAAGAUGGUCUACUUUUUAAAAAAAAAACAGCCAGGAUUCGGGUUGAAACUUCUGUAGAUAUCAACUUAAAAGAAACAGCCCCCUUGGAGUGUCGUUCCAGCAUUCGCACAACCUGAAGAAAAUUGAACCAGAUUCUCCACUGUCUUCAACUGAAAUGUCUUCGUGUCACACUUUGCAGAAACUUUCUUAUACUGUCAGACAGACAAAUUGAUACAAAACACUUUCUAAUUCUUGAUAGCCCUGCAAAAGAACUAUUUCAAGCAAAAUUAUUUUAACAUUUCUGCAAACUUAUUGACUACCUUACGCAAGAGAUUUUAUACACUCAAUUUUACCCACAGAGAGGAUCAGCCUGGUUCAUACUGGUCAGACGCAAUAGAAACAGGUGCCAGUGUCCUGCUUUGAAUUGUACCCGACUUGAGCAACAUUCUGGGCGCCACUAAAAGCGAGUUUGUAUUUGCAAGCACUUGUCGUUAGGUUCUGUUGGUAUCCCUGUUGGGUUCUGCUUCUUAUUGCAGGCUGCUGAUUGGAAAUUCGAAGCAAGUGACUCACAGACCAAUACUAAAACACAUAACGCAAACGUCUUGAAGUCUGUAAAACCCAGAGGACGUGAGGUUGGUUCUGUAUGGAAGGGAGGUGCUUCCAUAUGGUGGAGUUUUACUCUGAAGGAUACCCUUUUGGAAAUGACUUGUGGGGGCCCGUGCAACCUUUUGAUUUGUAAUUUUGUUAAUUCAAUUGAAUUAUUUCAGCAUUGUUUUUAUUCAAAGAGUUAAUAAAACUUGAGGAAAAGGGGUUUCAGAUUAACUGAGAAAGAAAGAAAGAAGACUAGAUGAAAUGAAAUGACAAAAUACUUUAUGACUAGAAAACAGUACCAGAACUGGAAAAGAAAAAGACAAACGGAGCCAAUAAGAGAGAGAAACAAAGGAACGAAUUAAAUAGAAAAGUGAGGAGGAAGAAAAGGAGGAAAGAGUGAAAGAGAACAGAAAAGAAGUGGCAGUCAUAAAAGGGUUCGUUUUUCAUAAAUGCCGAUUGCAGAAUAGUUUUCUCCCCUGCUGAGUCACACUUGCCAAGGAAGCAGAUCAACAGAGAAACUGACCUCACUCCGCAGCAACCAGGAGCGAGGAUAGGGGCAGGUAGUGUGCGGUGAAUCUCUUCCUAAUUCUUCCAGGUGUACAAAACUAAAACAGAAAGCUACAGGAAAUGGGUGCCCGUACCUGUGUGACAAAACAAGAUGGCUGCCAAAUAAGGCUCAAAUAAAUGAAUAAUGUGCAGACUUUAAAAAAACAAACAAAAAAAAAAAAAAACUUGGUUUUGAAACCACAAAAAAAUGUUAUUGUUUGUUUUUUUUUGAUUAGUAAGAAAGAAAGCAUCCAUCCUGAAUGAAACUGAACAAAAACAACGCCGAAUAAAAUGACAAAAACUCAAAUAUGUUUUUUCAUCAUUAUUUACCAUUGCUACUGACAGACAAUACAACUGUGUUUUUAUUUUUUUUUUUUAAGUCUGAGAAAAAUCUUUUGUAAAUAGUAACUUAGCAGUUGGUUUGUUUUCUUUCACUGAAUGAACGAAAUAAUUCAUUUGAUAAUGGCAAUGCCACUGGGUGCAAUUCUUUGAGUGUCCAGUUAUCAAAAGCGGAACAUUUCUAAAUUUAAAUGUUAUUUUAUUUUAUUUUACUAUAUCAAAUUACCCAGGAAUUUAUCAGUAUUUAUUUUUUAGAAAAACAGGGGGGGUUGAAAAUUUGUGAAAAUGAAUUUAAUUUGCAAGCACGUAUCAGGGUCAGAAAAACAGCAUCUGUCUUCUGUUCUUUGUGAAUGAAUCUGUGUAAAGCAGGUGAAGUUAACCUGUUCCAUGCUGCAGUGUGUAAACACAGACCUGCGUCGCACUGAAACUAGAUUUUUGUAUUUUAAGUUUGUCUAACGAAGGUAUUUUCUUGGUGUAAUCAGUAUUUUCACACGCUCAUGUGGGUCACAUCUGUAGUGGAAUAGUACCCACCUGUGACUUUUGUAAAACGCAGAAACGUUUCAGUAAAAUUGAGAAUAAAGAUCGUUGAUUAUGUCGUGUAAAUGCAGUUGGAUGCAAGAUGCACAUCCAAAAAGUAAAAAAAGGACAAAUGAUAAAUAAUUAAAAUAGUUGACAGUCAAAUGCUACAUAUAUUUCAAAUAAAAGUAAUCAAAUUACUAGUAAUUCUAAUAUUUUACUGUGUUCUUUUUUUUUUUUUUUUAGCGUAGAUUCAAUGUCUAUUGAUUCAGUACCCAUAGUAAAACCAAACAGUAAUGCAGACCACCUCUGGAAAAAUAUCCUGUCUCUGUCAAGACCGCUUGCAGUGAAUAUUAAGACCACCCCUGGAUUCAGUAUUAAAUGUGUCCUGGAGUUUCGUACAGCUUCAGAACUGUGACACGAAAACCCCACAGAACGCAAAAUAAGGGAGAAAACUGUAAAGCUCCUUUAAAAAAAAAAAUGUAAUGUGCUAAUUGCAAAAAAAUCCAUAAUCCACAAUCAUUAGGAAGUAAUUAGAAGUCAUUUGAAACAGCCUGCAAUCAGACAAGUCAUUUUCUUUGGACCGUUUAAUAAAUUCGCAGCCAUUAUUUGAAAGUCAAAAGUGAUGUUUUGUAAAUUUAAGUGAUUUGUAGUAAUUAAUGGUUAUUUUCAAUUUAUUACAUCUAAAAAAAAUAAAAAUAAAAAAACCUACUUUAUCAUCACUUUACUCAAACUCUUUUUAAAUAUAACAUUCUUUUAAUUAUAGUAAUCAGGAAGGAUAUGGACCCUAAGUGCAUAACUACAUGGAAAAUCCAUUUCUAAGUUAUAAACUGGAUAACCUCUACAACUGAAGGAGGUCGUUUUUGUGGGGUUGCGUUUGUCCAGUGUCCUUGUGGGGUUCAAUACUUUACACUAGCUUACAGUUUUGAAUCCCACAAAGCCCCUGUAAUGAAAGGUCAAUGGAGAGCUCAUUGGAUCAUUCAAAUUCUCUGUAACUGUGGGACUCUGAUAUUUAUAUGCUCUGCAAUAGGGUACAAGACCAUGAAACACCAGAGUGGGACAGUUAAGGGAGUCUCUGUGAUCCUACAGUGUUUCCCUAUCGUAUCAUUUGUCAGAUUUUAAAGUUUAAAUUCAGUGCUUGCCUUUUCCAUAAUGUGGGAGGACUCUUUCUCAUCCUGCAGCCCACUGCCUCCUUCACAGCUGUGUCCUCUUAUAGGAGAUCGAGGGGUCCCGUCACCAGCCUGAUGCCCUCUCACCCCUGUGCGAGGCUCACCUCAAAAGAGGAUGGCUCUCGUUGGACACAAGGAGUCACCCUGAGCCCCACUGUUAUAAUGUAGCCCUUUAUCUAUGAUAUGCUAUUACUGUAAUUCUAAUCUUUCUCCAUUGCCUCAUUCGUCAAAUAACCCAGUCACGAUUCUCAGAGUUCUUUACGUCAAAACUGUAAAUUCUAAAACAUAAGGCUACUGGCAGCACAAGUAUAGGCUGCAAUGGGAUGAGGCUGCCCUUGGCAGAAUAGGAUCACAGUACGUUGAUUGUAACUCAGUUACACCCCCAAUAUCAUUAGCAAUGAAAAUGGUUUUGUAUUACACUGACUGGCAAUGGUAGCACAAGGGCAGUUGCAAUGGGAUGCUGUUGGUGAGAUCCUAUUUUAACAUUGCAACGGUGUUGAUUGUAUGAAUCAAUCCACCACGCUGUCAAGUACCUACAGGACCAGACAGACAGUGUGCUAGCGCAUCAGGACCACUGUCCGUCUGUCUGUCUGUCUCUGCACAAUGUCAUUUUUAUAUUCUGUUAACAAUCUUUUUUAAUUUGAUCAUGAUAUUUAAAAAGUGACGUCUCCUCUCGUGCUGGGUUUGGGCACCAGAGACUUGCACCCAUGCUUUAUUUUUCCUUUAUUUAAUUCAGCAGUGAGGUUUGUGGAGCUGGUGGAAUUGCGUUAUUCCCGGAGUUCCCCUGCCGCUGCUGAUGAUGAUGAUGAUGAUGAUGAUGAUGUUUGUUUACUUUAGAAGUUAUUAUUACACACUGUACUCUGUCAUUCAGGUGUGGGCAACAUUAAAGACAUUCAUAGCGAA